AUGCAAUCUGGCAAGAAAGAGGUUUUCGGAGCCGAAACGAACCUCACCGUCGCCUCGGCCAUCGCGCAGGCGAAGCCUCUCCACUGGCUCCAGUUGGAAGGCAGGCUCGGCAGAGUGACGCUGUCGGAGAAGAAGGUCGAAGGGGAGGAGCCUCCCCCGUUCAAGUUCAAGACAAAGGCGGUUCUUCACUUGCUAGGCUGGUCCUAUGAGUCGAAGGAGGUGGAGGGCAACAAUCCCGACUACGAUCUGACGGUGAAGGGUGCCGUUCCGGUUUCUUCGGAGAAGUUCGUGUCCCUGGAUGACAGCGAGGUGGGCGUAGAGAUCUUCCAGGUGAUUCCAGAAGAGGAGGUUGAGGUCCCGGGCAACAAGAACCCUGGAGACACCUUCACCAAGGAGAUCAGCGGAAAGCUCUAUCACAUCCUCGUGCCUGAGGGCGCAAAGCCAGGCUCCAUCUUCAAGGUGGCACUGCCGUCGAGUGACAACGCCAAGGCAGUAGAUGUCUCCGUGAAGUACCCGGACGACAAGAAACAGACCUCGUGGACUCAGAAGGUGCUUGGGAGGGACUACCAGCUCAGCGCUCCCGAAAGGAAGGAGGGUGAUCCAGGUGAAAUGACGAUCUCGGUGGCGGAGGCUUCGGAUCCGGCGGUGAAGGAGGGCCGGCGGCUGUUGUACGCCGGCUGUGAGUCCUUGACGACGCUCUUCAAUGUCACACCCAAGGAGGAUGGCUCCCCGCUGGAUUUCUUCAAGGUCCUGACAAGCGGGGCGAAACCUGAGCAGCUUCAGCUGUUCGAGCCAGGUGCCCUGGUUGAGAUCAAGUCAGACGAGAAGGACAAAGACAAGACCAUGGAGGUGAAGGUCACAGCCGACCUCGGCAUUGCCUGCAAGGGCCUCCCCGAUAAACCUGCAGAAACUGUGACCGGGGCUGAGAACCCCUCCACGCAGUCUAUGCCAUGCGUAUCGCCGGAGCUUGUGGGAGGCGGGGUCAACACUACGCUGUACUCCUGCAACCGAGCGGCCUGGUUCGACCCGGGGCUCGGAGCCGGCAAGUUCCGUCCCGACCACGUGGCGAACUACGUCGAGUUGAAACUCUCCUCCUUGACAUUCCCAAUCUCCGACAAGUGGAGCGAUGCAGAGGCGAAGUCCAUGUACUACGUACGAGCUCGGGUCUGCGGUGUCGCGGUGACCAGUACCGCUCUCCACCGACCAAAUCCGGUCUGGUCCAAGGUGCUUCCGUCGCAUCUCGUGGACCCCAGCCAGAUCCGCUUCGAAGGCCAACAGCUGCUUCUCCCACUGCCGGCUGGAUGCUGGGCUGGUGACGACGCGGAACGCACAGAGAUGAGGAAGGUCCGCAUCGAGGUCGUCAAGGCAAGCUACAAGGACAGCGGGUCCGUCCUCGACUUCGACAACUUCGCGAACACAGCAGGAGCGGCACCAAAGAACACUUACUCCGAGAAGGUGGUCUUCAAGGCUGCUCUUACGUUCGACAAUCACAUGCUUGUGGACAUGCAGAAGCAGUUGGGCCUGUUCCUGACGCGGCCAGAUCAACAGGUCAAGGAGGUUGAUGUGUUCCGGCCGACGGCGAAGUCGGACCACGCCACAGACACUCAGCCUCAGGGGAUGCUCAGCCUGGAGUUUGCCCUGAGAGACCGGGAUCAGGCGAGGGCUGUCAUGGGUCAGUCCGGCCACAAAAGCGCCCUGUGCAUCGGUGACAAGGCGAUGCUUGUGGUGGAAGAGCCUUUCCUUUACCCGAAGGAUGCUGCGGACUUCCGGAAGCAGUUCUGCGUUGGCGACUAUGUCAAGGGCAAGAAGGAUGGACAAGCGUGGCGUGUUGAACUCCGCGAGCCGUGCCUGAGCAGUGAGUACGCCGAGAGCGGACUUGGCGAGCUGGUGCCGAAGCGGCCGUUCAAGCAGAGCUUCAUCCCUACUUUCUGUGACGACAUCAUCCCCCACAAGUAUGUCAUGCCCUUGUCGGAGAAAGAGUUCCUGGAUAAGCACAAGCCGGGUUUCUUCAACCGCAUUAUGGAUGACAUGGCUUCGAAAGCAUCAUCCGACCACACGCUGCCGUACCGGUCCGGCCCCAACAAGCCUGUUGUAUCUCACCUUGAGCACAUGAAUCGACACGUGCCUGUGACGAUCCUGGCAAUGUACGCGGACAGCGGCAACGGUGCCACGUGUGAUGUGGAGGUCACAGAGCUCUUCGUCAAAAAGUGGCGGGAGCAAAAGCAUCGGAAGUUUGCCUUUCCUGGCAAGCUGGAGAAGCUGGAUCGCAAAGGAAAGGGUGGGGAGACGCUGCCCCCGCGGUUCAUUCUCAAGCAGGUGCCAGCAAUCCUGCUGAAUGCUGUGCACUAUUCCGGCAUCAACGUUUACGAUGCUUUGUUUAAGACAACUUCGGACGUCAUCCAAGCGCCGCCACCUGCCAACGAGUUCGAUCCUCGCUCGUACGAGGCUGCGCAGAAAGGUGCGAAGAAGAAUUACUUGGAGUACAAGCUGGCAGCGGGCCCGCUUCCUCCCGAUGCUAGCACGUCGGCCUGCAUGUACGAGUUCAACGUCCGUGUGCGCUUCCCCAGCGAGUACGAGAUGUACCAGUUCGUCGCCAUGGUACGCAAAUGUGUGCGCGUGGACCACUACCAGCAGGCAUCGAAAAUGAUCGAGUACCAGAAGCAAACUCAGAUGACGACCCCUCAGCUCAUGCGGCAUCCUGGGCUCCAGAAGAGCGGCGGGCAACUGGAUGUGCUCCUGGUGGAAGCUCGGCGUCUCCAGCCACUGCAGUCGGCCCUCAACACGGUGCUUACCUCUGACCCCAUCACUCUCUACGAGUCGUGGUCGAAGGGGCGUUCCGAUGUGGACCCGUCUCAGUCCAAUCAAAUGGUGGACGCGAACUAUCUGCCGGAGCUUCUCGGUACCACGGAUGGCCAGGCAGUGAAGGGCACGCCGGAAGGAAGCUCGAUUGGGACCUUCGUCAACUUCAGGAUGCUCCACAACAAGGAGGUCAUCCCGUACCGUGGGACGAACAAGCAAGUGUCUCCGGUUAUCUCGGGUACCGACAGCCCAGUUUGGUCCAAGCUGCCUCAGCUGGAGAGCGUGGGAGGCUGGACGUUCCGCACCGGCAUUAUCGAUCCCGAGAAGUACCCGAAAUUGCUGAUUGAGUUCGAGGUGAUGAAAGCCGGAAUGUCUCCGAGUCGCAUCGGUGUCAUCCAGCUGCCGGUGACCGAAGAGCAGUUCCUGACGAAUCCCAACCAGAUGUUCAAGAACCUUUGGCUCCCACUGGUCAGCGUGAAGGAUGGCGAGCUUACACCGAACAUCACGGGCGAGAUCCACGUCCUCACUCGUUGGCUGCCGGUAGAGAUGAAGCAGGUGUUCGCCGACGGUCAGGAGAAGAUGCAGCUCUCCGUUCGGUCUAUGUUCCUGAAGGACAUCUGGAGCAAGGUCUGCCAACCCAGAAUUCGCGAGCCGAUUUAUGGUGUGGAAGCCAUGUAUCACGCUUUCACCUACAAUCCGAACCUGGUCCGGCUGAGGGACAAGGAGGGCACGAAGUCUCCAGAGACUCUGAAGGACAAUGCUCGAAGACAUGUCGAGGAGUUGUCGAACGGCGUGCCUUACCUGGAGUGCCUGGAGAGGCGUCAGCUCAACGCCUGGAACAUCUUCCAGGCAGAGCUACAAGAUCGUGGCUACGAAGGCCGCAGCAUCGGGGAGCUGCGCCUGCUGUGGCAGCAGAACGAGGACCAGGCAAUGCUGAACAAGCUACAGCAGCUAGUCCUCAGAGGUGUGCCCAGUGCGCUGCGACCGCAAGUGUGGGCGGAGCUCACGCUGGCCAGCCGCGUGGCGACGCAGGACGGGGCCACGUACGGCCGCGAUCCGGAGGCGAGUGGCGAAGACGCCGCGGAACAGGAGUAUCGUCAUCUCCUGGAGCGAGGCAUGCCACAACUUUCCGAUGCGAUGUUGCAGCUCCAGGAAGAUGCGGUGCUACUCGCCGGCUGGGAGUCUAGCACCCCGCCACUCCCCGAAGCGAUGGAGCUCCACCUCAAGCGGAUCAAGAAUGCUAAGAACGUGGUCACAGCUCUGCUGGCCGUGGAAGACAGCGGCAUUGCCUACUGUGAGAGCUUGCUAGUGCUGGCUUUCUUCCUCCUCUUGCCACAGGGCUACAAGGAGGUGGCGUCGUCGAGCUACACAGGGGAGGGGCUCACCCACCCCACGGAGAGCUCCGUCUUCUGGCUCCUGUACACUCUCAUCUGCACACGGACGAAUGGGGUCUACCGCGAGUACUACGGGAUGCCACUUCAGCCGGAGCGAGACCCCAGCCAGUCGGAGCUCGUGGGUGGCAGCGGGGCCGUACAGGAUGUACACCUCUUGGAAUGUGCCGUGGCCUACCACGACAAAGAGCUCUACCAGUGCAUGUCGGCGAUGGGUUUCGAUCUCUCCACCAUCUUCUACGGUGCCUUCAUGAGGUGGUUUGCGACGUAUAUGCCGACGGCCAGUGUAUUCAGGCUCUGGGAUGCUUUGCUGCUGCAGUCCUCGAAUCCAAAAGCUCAGCCUCACGCCCGCGCAAACCUCAUCGAUCUGGGCUUCGCGGCCCUGCGUGCCAAGCGGACGGAGCUGAUGUCCUGUCAGUCUGCACUGGAAAUGCGCAGCGUUGUUUUGGGCUUCCUGGCCUCGCUGUAUGACACGGGCACCGUCAUUGACUUGAUCCACUCUGCGCACUGCUUCUUGUGGGGCGGUGGUGGCUUCAGCAGUGGCAAAGUCGCCGUUCUUUGGACCAAGCGAGAGGAGCUCUUUACAGGUGCCAAUACCAUCACGAAGAACCAGAACCGGGUGCUCAAGCGAAUCGCUCACGAGGGCGUCGUGGGAAGGCAAGUUUCCCAGGAACACGGUGUUUCCACGAGACAGCUCGUAAAGGAGGUGAUUCCGGCCGUCCGAGUCAGCCUCGAGUCGGCACGGAAGCGCGGUGAACCGAAGCACUGGGCCAUGCAUCGUCCGCUGCCCCUCGCCGAUCGAACCGCGAUGCAAGAGAAGGGCGCCGGUGCCGCUGCCGUCUUUGGGGCCCACCCGCCAGUCCGGCGAUACCCAUUCCGGGUUGGCCCGAGUUCGUCAUCAGGUGCUCGGACAAUACCGGGGAUGGAGCCACUGGAUGUAUCUCAGUCGGAGCUGCUCCAUGCCAUGCAGCGGGAGGCACCCAGUUGGGCCGGUGAUGCCGUGACUUUGUGGCAAACCUUCUCCGACCAACCGCACCGCCUCCUCGGCACGGCGGUGCUCAACGGUCCACCUCCGGCAGGCGCCCCUGCGCCCGUUCUCAGCGAGCACUGGUUCAAGAGCAUGUUGGCCAAAGCUUCUGACACGCUGGGAAUGACACCUGCGUCUGACCCCAAUCUUGUGCCGGACAAGGACACCCCGAAAACAAGCGAUGCAGGCGACCAACCGCUGGAUCAUGUGAGUCUCAACGACAUCUUUGCUGCCUUGAUCUGCAGCUCCCGCGGGACCGUCUCGGAGAAGGCAGCGGCCCUCUUCGACCUUUACUCGUACACAGCUCCGCGAGGCAACGAGCACCACAUCACUCCCCUCAACCGCGUGUCGAAGCGCGCUGCCGCCUCCGCCCUCGCCGAUGGGGGAGACCUGGGCCGAGUCCUGGCACCGACAUGGGGUGAGGAUCCGGAGGAGAAGGAAGCGAAACAGAACAAUGUGCUCAAGUUCACGGUCUACACCAGCUACCCAGCUGAUGCCGUCCUUGGGCAUGUGCUGAUACCUUCCCUCUCCCCGUACGUCAGCAGUGGUGCUGCUGAGCCAGUGGCCAGGAGCUACAACAUCUGGGGACGCAAACCCAGGGCGGCGAACAACACCUCGGCCUCCAACCCCAACAUGAACAACAACGCCGGCGGUGGAGACCAGAACAGGCUGGUGUGCUUGGGCGAGAUCAACAUGGCCUUGCAAUGGCGUGAAGCGAGCCCCAAGACGCCUCAUCAAGGGCAGCUGACGAUCCUCGUGAAGUACGUGAAGUUCCAGGGCUAUUACAUAAUGGAGGACUACAACGUGAACCCCCGCAUCACGGUGUCCCUCAGCCAGGAGACAACUGGAACAGACCGCAACUGGGUGGACAUCAAGCGAUGGGACCCACGUGGGGUCUUCAAGAAAGAUGCCGUGUCAGUGACCAAGACAGGGGCAUUCGGCGGCGUCAUCGAGUUCGAGCGGACCAUGAAGAAGAAGACGUAUGGAGGCGGAAAGGAACUUGGGCAGUGGAUCCGGCAUGGCGACGGCCAGGGCUACCUGCCGGGUGAGGGCAAGGAAAGCGGCAAAUGGGAGUGGAACAAGACCUGGGGUCUGCAGCACUCCCCGCCGGAUCUCCGGGUUCACCCUGACUUCGUGCAGAAUGAGUCGCGCAGGAACACGAUUGACAUGACGGGAGUCCGGCUUAUCGUCUCCCAACUCUUGCAGAGGUGCCUGCUGAACAUGUCCAACAGACAGGCUCUCCUGAUUGCGGAUAGCAUCUUCAAUCGAGCCGGGGCUGUACCUGGUAUUGCACAAGCUGUUCUCGUGAAAGCGAGCAAUGCUGACUUCGGUGUCUACGCCGACAAAAGGACUUGGCUUUGUGAACAUGGCUUGGCGCAGAUCCUGGAGAAGCUCACUACUGCGCACCCCUACGUGGACGUGACAAAGGAGAUUGUGCUGGAGCACGAGCGGCAGGUGUCUUGCAACGGUGGCAACAUCAACCUCUUCGCGUCGAGCUACAUGAAGGAGAAGCUCAACCUCAGCGCAAUGGGGAUUUCCGACCCCUAUGUGAAGGAUAACAAGGUUCUGUUCAUCCGCUACAUCCGUGCUGGUGACGGGCAACGAUGCACUCAGGCCGUCGCCGUUGACCCGGAUGGCAGCGUGACGCCCGACUCGGAGGUGAAGAUGGACCUCCUCGCCACCGAAGGUCCCAGCGAUGAGGAGGGCUUCCUGGUUCCUGGAAAGCGUGUCUACCUCACCUACGAGGGUGCGAAGAAGAACAACGUUAACAGUGCUGAGAAAACCUGCUUCAAGAGGAUUUCCACGAGUACCACUGCGGACAACAAGCCGCGGACCGUGGUCCACCUUGAGCUGCCGAACGUACUGGACGGCUUGGAUAUCCCCAAAGAGAUCACGGUCGAUCUCGUGGACCUUUGGGAGUGGGAGCGUAUUCCUUUAAAGCAGGUCUACCUCGCCGACGGUACGAAGGUCAAAGUGAAGAAGGUUUCCAGCACAGCUCUAAGGACCAGCGUAGACGUCGAGCUGCUGGAGAAGCGGGAAGUUACACUCAAUCCGGAGCACAUACAGGUGAAGAUGGACCUUCGGGCCACUGCAGGGCAAAGUCAGCAGGCGCUUGCCCCUGGAACACGUGUCCAUCUCACAAACGAGGGCGCGCGCAAGCACAACGUUGCUGCCACUGAGAAAGCGCUUGUUCAGAAGGCCUUCAACGAUGAGCAGAAGACCAUCGUACACCUUCAGCUGCCGGACAAGAAAGACGAGAGUGGAGCUGCCAAGGAAAUUCAAGUUGACCUUGUGGAUAUCAGUGCCAAGGAAUGGGAGAGCGUUCCUUCAAAGCAGGUCUACCUCACCUCCCAGGGCGCAAAUAAGCUCGACAUCUCCGACAGCACAGUUGCAAAGGUCACUGUCACGGUCAAGAAGGUUUCCACGACAUCAGACCAAAAGACCAGCGUGCUCGUCGAACUGUUAGUGAAGCUGGACCCGUCUGCGGAGCAGGCUGAGGACUCGGAUCUUGCUCCUGGAAGACGAGUCUACCUCAGCUACGAGAGCGCGCGCAAGCACAACGUCGACAGCAAUGACAAGACCUAUGUGAAGAAGGUUGCGGCCGCGAAAGACAACAAGAACAAGACCAUGGUAUACCUCGAGCUGCCGGACGAAAAAGAAGUGGCAGUCGAGCCAGUGGAGAUCCAGACCAAGCCACCUUCCUGGUCGAUGAGCCGUGUGUCGAAGCAGGAGUUCAUUGCGUGCUUCACCGCUUCCCCACUCCUGAGCGAAUCGAUUCGCCGACUGGGAUGCACUUCGCACGAGGUGCACGAGACGCGGCCGAUCCCUCUGGAGGUGACAAUCAUGGAUCCGCACCACGACGAUGUUUUCCAGGAGUUGGAGGAAUCCGUCAACAUCGGCCAGUCACUGUUGAUCGAGGUCUGGGACUCCGACUUCAUGGGCAUGGACUUCCUUGGAGAGGCGUGGCUGCCCCCACUCUCCGAGUUCGGGCCACGCCCGAAGGACAUCGUGUUGCCGCUCCAGCCGGUGAACUAUAGCCCUGACUCGGAGAAUGGGCCGUCCCGGCACGAUCCCAAGAAGGACCUCAAGGACGACGGCACAAACCCGAACAUGAAGGUGACCGGCGACAUCUUCUUGACGGUAAGCUGGAACUAUCCCACGAUUGAGGGCAGAGGGCUGGAUGUCGAUGUGGAAACCUGGCUGGCGAUGUUGGAGCAAAAGUAUAUAAAGGCAAAGACCCUGAAGCCGGGUGAGCUCACCAAGUAUCAGGAGCCGAUCAUCGACAAUUAUCGGACGGUGCGAAACAUCAGAGAGCAGAUGGUGGAAAACAAAGCACCCUUCCAGCUGAAAGCCAACUUCUUCAGCACGCUGCACAUCACAGAUUCGAGAGUGAAGAAGAUCCUGAACGACUGGUUCAAGGACCAGCUGACCGAGACCAUCCAGGGCCGAGGGCUCCAGCAGGAGCACAAGCACAGUGGAAUCCUGACCGUCCGCAUUGAAAGGGCCGAGCGCCUAAGGCGCGCGGACGCAAAGAAGCUGAUGGACUGCGAUCCCAAAGCUCUUCUCUGGGUGCGCAACGACGUUCAGGGAUCCUGGCGUAAGAAGCCCUUGAUGCAAACCGGCCGGAUCUCCAACAACCGGAAUCCUCGGUGGGGCUUCGAAGACAGCAAGACCAUCUUCACUGGAUCCUUCGAGGCCAGCGUUGUGGUGACGGCCUUGGGGCGCCUAGACAUGUUGGAUUUUGCGGUUGGUGGACUGCCACAGUUCUUUCGCAUUGCAUGGCAGGGCGCCCGCUUACAGGCAAAUUUCUUGUUCAAGAGGCGCGGGGAAGUCGACAACCCUGCGCCUGAAAUGGAGGCCGUGGAAAAUGAUAAAUCUCCUGUGGCGUCCCAUGGGGUCUUUGAAGCCAUGGGAAGCUCCCACUCCGAAGCUGCCAGUGACAUCAAGGUAGCUGAGGAGGCUGACAAAGAUGGCAAGGCGGGCGGCAAGGACAGCGAUGACUUCAACGUUCUGGACCUGCUGCGUCACCUCCAGGAGCAGGAGGGCUAUGAGGUCUACGACAUCUUCGAACGAGGGAGGGAGCGGGUUCCCACGCAGGUUCGGCUUUGGCUAGAGGACAAAGAGGAUUGGCUUGCCACUUCCGAUGCUUCGAAGUCCAUCGACCCUUCGGCGAACCAGGAAAGCGACGCCUCCGGCGACAAGGACGGCGAGGUCAAGGCAGACGUCGCGGAGUCUGACCACUGGGUGCUGCUCUCUGUGCCGCCGAAACCUGCUGCGAAAGGGCGAGCCAAACCACCCGGAGCCAAAGGCAAGGGGCCGCCACCGCCGCCGAAGCGUGGUGGUCCAAAGGCGAAGAGCAAGCCUCCACCACCGCCUGCGCCCGGAAGCAAGGAGGAUGCUUCCAGGCAGCCUGCCAACCGAAGGCAGUCCAUUGGGAAGGCACCUCCACCACCUCCCUUCGGCAAGCGGCUGCACUGGAAACUGCUUCCUCCGGCAACUUUGGACAAUACCAUCUUUGAGGAGCUGCAACCGUGGGACAAGGUUGCCCCGCCUUUGGACACGAAGCAGCUCGAGCGGCUGUUUACUCCCGCAGAACGCAGCCUAGGUGUCCCGAUCAGCUGCACUGCGGCCCAACCGGGAAAAGCUGCUUCAGGCAAGAUGUGCCUCAUGGAUCCGAAACGGGCCCAGAACCUCGCGAUUAUUUUGCGGCAAGUGGCUUUACCGACAGACGAGUUGUGCGACGUGGUGCGUGGCCUCAGGCUCCAGCAUCCAAUCAGCACAGAGGCGCUGGAGCAUAUCCAUGAGUUCCUCCUGCCGCCUCUUCUGGAGUCAGCAGAGAUGUUCGCUUCCUAUGAUGGGCCUUUGCAGAGCCUCCGUGACGUGGAGCGGCAGCUGCUCCCCUUGGCACGCAUCCCGCGGCUCAAGGCCCGGGUGAAGUGCCUGCUCUUCGGGACGACGAUGCCAGGAGUGAGGGCUGGACUGGAGGCCCGUAUCCGUACGCUCCAAGAGGCCUGCAACCAGGUGCGCAGCAGUCACGCUUUGCGACGGAUUCUAGGUACCGUGCUUCGCAUUGGAAACUUUCUGAACCACGGAAUCGACGCGCCGGAUGCUGCAGGUGUAGAGGUGCGCGGUUUCACCAUGGAAAGUCUCCUCAAGCUCCGCGACUUCCGUGCAGGCCAAGCUGGCGAGUCUUCCGUCACGGCCCUUCACUGCAUCGCGCUUCACCUCUUGCCCACGGAUCCGCAGCUGCCCCUGCAGCUCCGCGAGGAGCUGAAGGCAGCCUUGGAGGUCGGGGGUGACGCGACGACUGGUGGAGCCUCGGCUGGGCCCUCCAGCAACAUCGGGGAGCUGCGGGACGCCGUAGGGCGAUUCCGGCGCGAGGCGGACCUUCUCCAAAACGAGGUGGAAUGCCAUGCUGCCUCGUACGACAAUGCCGGAGGCUCUGGCAUGCCCUCACCACUGACAACGCUUCAACAGCUCGCACAGGAUGCGACGCGCAUCGCUGACCAGCUCGAUGCAGAGGUGUCCGAUGCAAUUGCCCAGGCCCUCCGCCUUCUCGACUAUUUCGGCGAACGGCGCGACACAGGCGCGAAUUCUGCAAGCAAGGAAGACGAGCUUGUGGAGCGCUUCUUCAUCACACUCAAGGACUUCAGCGGAUCCCUGGAGGCAUCCUGGCGUGAAGUCGUUGAGCAGCCGAGAAAGUUGCGCCUGGAAGCCGUUGCAGGUGUGGUGGCUGCAAAUCGGGAAGAGCAGCGUGUCUCCAGCCCCAAGAUGCCUACGCCCGGCAAGGAGGAGAAGUCUGCCCCGGAAGAUGCGGGACCCAGAGAGGCUCCCAAGGCCUUGAAGAAGCCGGGCCUCGGCAUGCUGGCCGGUGAGGCCGUGGCCGCCGUGCGACGUCGGAGCCGCGCCACCCCGGCACCCGCACGGCCUGCAGCAUUCGCCCUUGGGCCCACAGCAGGUGCCAGCGGGCCAUCCUGGCUGCUGCGAAACGGGGCUGCGGCUUCUGAGGUUGACUGA